AUGUCGUCAGACGAAAUUGUCUGGCAGGUUAUUAAUCAACAAUUCUGCUCCUUCAAACUCAAGACUACGAAAGAUCAAACUUUCUGUCGCAAUGAAUACAAUGUUACUGGUCUCUGUAAUCGACAAUCAUGUCCCCUUGCGAAUUCUCGAUAUGCAACCAUUCGUGCAAAUCCUCAAACCGGUACCCUUUACCUUUACAUGAAGACGAUCGAGAGAGCACACAUGCCAUCGAAACUAUGGGAACGUAUCAAGCUAUCUUCCAAUUAUGCCAACGCAUUGGAACAAAUCGACGACAAGUUGAAAUACUGGCCUAACUUUCUCAUUCAUAAGUGCAAACAAAGACUUACAAGAUUGACACAAGUUGGCGUUCGCAUGAGAAGAUUGGCGAAAGAGGAAGAGAGAUUGGGUGAAAAACUUGUUCCAAAGUUGGCGCCUAAGGUCAGAAGAAGGGAAGAAACCAGAGAGAGAAAGGCUAUGGCGGCUGCGAAGGUAGAGAGGGCAAUUGAAAGAGAAUUGAUCGAGAGAUUGAGGAGCGGUGCAUAUGGCGAUCAACCACUGAAUGUUAGCGAAUCUAUCUGGAAGAAGGUCUUGAAAGGCUUGGAGAGACAAGGAGAAGGAACAAGAGAUGAGGAUAUGGAUGAAGGUAUUGAAGAAGAUGAAUUUGAAGAAGAAGGGGAAUAUGAAGAUGAAGAGGGUGUUGGCGAUGUGGAGUAUGUUAGUGACUUGGGAGAAGAUGAAGAGGACUUGGAGGAUAUAGAGGACUGGCUCGGAAGUGAUGAGGAAGCCACCGGUGAUGAGGAUAGCGAAGACAGUGAAAGCGAUAGCAGUGAGGAUGAUAAGACCAAGAAGAAUGUUAGCGGCGCAAAGAGGAAGAGAGCACCAGUUUCCAAAGUCAAGCCAAAGAAGAGAAUUUCAAAGAGGGAAGUCGAAUACGAGCAGGAGCUCGAAGGACCACAGCGAGAAUUGGCUUUCUAA